AUGUCGAUCAAACUUCGUGAACUAAUUCGCGCAGUACGGGCUUGCAAAACCGCCCAAGAAGAACGUGCCGUAAUAGCGAAAGAAUGCGCCUUGAUUCGUACAGCAUUCAAAGAAAAUGCAAUGCUUGUGCGUCAUCGAAACGUGGCGAAAUUGCUCUUCAUCCACAUGCUUGGCUACCCCAGUCACUUUGGUCAGAUGGAAUGCCUGAAGCUUAUAGCUUCACCAAACUUUCCUGAAAAACGUAUCGCAGGUUAUCUCGCGUUGAUGCUUCUGCUCGAUGAAAGAACUGAGGUCUUGACACUCGUAACAAAUUCACUGAAGAAUGAUUUGCAGCACCGAGCGUCACAGUAUGUGGUUGGUUUGGCCCUCACAUCCGUGGGAAAUCUUGCGACGGCAGACAUGGGUCGCGUACUUGCAGCUGAUGUCGCGCUACAACUCGGAUCUUCCAAUCCAUACGUUCGGAAAAAGGCGGCGCUUGCGCUCAUCCGCAUCAUGAAACGCAUCCCGGAGGUCGCGGAAGACUAUAUAGAUCGAAUCAUCGGUCUAAUCAAAGACCGUUCACAUGGCGUCCUGAUCACUGCAGUUCAGCUCAUUUCUGAUGUCUUAGUUCUCCAGCCCAAACUCAGCAAAAAAUUCCAUCGUACCGUGCCAUCUCUCGUGAAAAUGCUUCGAAACCUCCUCAACCUUGGAUAUUCGCCAGAGCAUGAUAUCGCAGGAAUAGCGGAUCCGUUCCUACAGGUCAAGCUUCUUCAACUGCUCGCAAUGCUAGGAAAAAAUGAUGACGAAGCCAGUGAAGCUAUGAACGAUGUCCUUGCCCAGGUGGCCACUAACACGGAAACGAAUCGCAACGCCGGAAAUGCCAUCCUGUAUGAGUGUGUCAAAGCAAUCAUGGCUAUUCAGUCAGAGUCUGGGCUCAAAGUCUUAGCAGUCAAUAUUCUUGGCCGAUUUCUCCUCAACCGCGACAACAAUAUUCGUUAUGUUGCUCUCAAUUCCCUCACCAAAGUUGUCAAUGAAGACGUCGCCGCUGUACAACGACAUCGUGCGACAAUCUUGGAGUGCCUGAAGGAUCCAGAUGUUUCCAUUCGGCAACGUGCACUCGAACUGACCUAUCAGCUAGUUAAUUCAAAUAAUGUCAAGGAGCUCGUCCGCGAGAUGCUCAAUUACUUGGUAGUUGCAGCGCCAGAACAUAGGGCUCUCCUCUGUGGUCGCGUUUCUAAUGUUGUCGAACGGUUUGCCCCAUCAUCCAAAUGGCAAGUCGAAACAUUGAUUGCCAUGCUUUCAAUAGCAGGCAAUCACUGUGAUGAUAGUAUUGCGUGUAUGACUGUUUCCCAUGUAACUGAGUCGCCACUGCUACACAGUUUUGCUACGCACAAGCUUUUCCGACUUCUGCGGGAUGAAUUGCCUCGGGUCCAAAUUGCUCUCAUGCAUGUAGCUGUGUGGUGCAUCGGGGAAUACGGAGACCAUCUUUUACACAGCUGUGAACUUGAUCGUGACAGCUUGGAUAUUUUUCAAGCAGUCACAGUGGCCGACAUACUUGGGAUAUUAGAGACUGUCCUUAAGUCGCACCUUGCCACAGUUCUCACAAAGUCGUACACGCUCACUGCAUUAAUGAAGCUUUCAAAUCGACUGAGCGUAGGGCAGACUGAAUUCAUCAGCCUCAUGAAGUCUCAAUUCAACUCGUCGCUUUCUCUUGAGUUGCAUCAGCGCUCCUGCGAGUAUGUAUCAAUGCUCAACCCCCGAUGGGCAGAGGUUUGCGAUCAUACUCUCACUCGAAUGCCGCCUCUAGACGAUGCAACUCUUGGCGAGCAACAUGAUCAUAGUGCAUCAAUAUAUGGCGCGCCGAAUGCAGCACAGAGACAGCCUCGCAAACAUCAUGACCCGGAAAGUGAACGUUCAUUUCCAGUAAAGGACCUACUUGAUCUUGAUGGCAUUUUCGACAGUGUUGUUCAACCAGAAAAACAUAUUAUGAACCAAAUGGCUACUUCAACCGCUGGUUGCUCAAAAGCAGCUGAUGUAGAUCUUCUCACUGACAUAUUUACCACCAAAACGCCCAUUGCACCUAUAAGUGGAGACCCUGCCUUGAUUAUAGACAAUGCAGUCAUGACUGAAGAAAAGACCUUGCCUUCUCAAUCACAGCGAGCGUCUACUCAAGUGAAGGCCUUCGAGAAAGAUGGCCUGACAAUCAUCAUGGAUCUGGUCGAUGACCCUCUAGACACGAAAACCAGUGUCAUCUGUAAAUUUUUCAACUACACGCACAACAAUUUUGAACGUUUUGUUUUCCAAGCGGCAGUGCCCAAAUACGUUAACAUGGAGAUGAAACCCGCCACCGCCGGCUCUGUGUCUGCUAACAGUCGUGGUGAUGUUUCUCAGAUCGUAAAGCUCAAGAAUACAUCUCCAUCGAAGCCACUGAUGAUGCGUCUGAAGAUUCAAUACAAUGUCGGUGGCCGCCAAAUUGUGGAGCAAGCACAAGUCUCUUCCUUCCCAGCUGGGUUCUGAUCAGUAUGUUUCUACUACUUGUCCCACUUAUCCUACUCAGCGCUUCAGUUGCAAAGGAUCAACAUAAAACCACUUUUCCAGCCCAUUACAGCAGCCAAUACACCCGGAGAAGCUGCUCCAUCAAUUCUCCUGGCUCCUCGUGAGGCCCUGCGGCCCACACACUGCCCUGCGGCGGCUACUGGUGGCCGCUACUGGUGGCCACAGGCCGCUGCCACAAGUUACUUAAACAUAGAAGCUCUU